CGUCCCGGGUCACCCAGUCUCAGUCUCAGCUCUGACACGUCGUCCUCUGAUCGACCAGCACAACUUCCUUCACCAUGAAUUGUCAGCAGGCAAGGCAAACCUGCAGGACCUACUACGCCCCCGCCUGCGUACCGGUCCAAUAUACUCAGACGUGCCCGGACUACAGCUACUAUCAAAACAAUUGCGGCUCCAACUACUACCCCACCCAGGUCGACUGCGGCAGCAUCCAGGUCAGCAGCCGCAAGAGCAAAUGCAGCAGCAGCCGCAAGAGCAGCCGCAGCAGCAGCCCUAAGAGCUGCCGCAGCAGCAGCCCUAAGAGCAGCUGCAGCAGCAGCCGCAGCCGCAGCAGCGGCCGGGUUGACAGCGGCAGCGGCCAGGUCAGCACCAGCAGCAGCAGCAGCAGCCGCAGCAGCGGCCAGGUUGACAGCGGCAGCGGCCGGGUCGACAGCGCCAAAGGCAAGGUUGACAGCGCCAGCAGCCGGGUCGACAGCACCAAAGGCCAGGUUUACAGCGCCAGCGGCCGGGUCAGCAGCGCCAGUGGCCUGGGCGCCAUCAAGAUCUACCCCGCCUCCGAAAGCGGCCGGGUCGGCAGCGACAUCCGGAUCUCCACUGCCUCCUACGGCCGCCGGGUCGGCAGCGACGUCCGGAUCUCCACUGCCUCCUACAGCCGCGGCUUCGGCAGCGUCAGCGGCGGCGCCGGCGGCAGAGGCGUCCGGAUCUCCACCGCCUCCUACAGCCACGGCUUAGGCAGCGGGGGCGGCUUCUACAACUACCAGCCCGGCAACUACGCCUCCACCGCCAUGACCAUCGGGAAUGAGAAGAUCGCCAUGCAGCAUCUGAACGACCGCCUGGCCGCUUACCUGGAGAAGGUGAAGACGCUGGAGAAGGCCAACCAUACGCUGGAGAUCAACAUCAGGGAGGUCAUCGAGAAGAGGGGCCCGCUGGAGGGGAGCGACUUCAGCAAGCACUUCGAAACCAUCGCAGGUCUGAGGGCCCAGAUCGCCCGCAGGAUCAACGACAACGCCAAGCUGGCGAUUAACCUUGAUAAUGUGCGAGUGGCGGCCGACGACUUCAAACUCAAGAUGGAGUACGAGACAUCGAUGCGGAUGGCCGUGGAGGCCGACGUGACCCGGCUGAGGAAGCUCCUGGACGACACCAACGUCUUCCGCAUGCACCUCGAGUCUGAGAUCGAGACCUUGAAGGUGGAGCUGAUCACCCUGAAGAAGAGCCACAAGAAGGAACUCUCAGAGUUGCGCGCCCACAUCACGCAGGUCGGCGUGCACGUGGACGUGGACGCCGCCAAAGGGCUGGACCUGUCCAAGAUCAUGGAGGAGAUGAGGGCCAAGUACGAGAAGAUCAUUGUGAAGAACAAGGAGGAACUCGAGGCGUGGAGCGUAACUCAGAUCACAGAGGUUAAAGUGAAGAUGACAGAGACCUCGACAGCCCUGAAGAUGGCCAUGACCGAGGUGACCGAGACCAGGAGGAGGUAUCAGGGAAUGGAGAUUGAACUUCAGGCCGCGCUCAGUCUGAUUGCGUCCCUGGAGGCGGCGGUGCACGACGUCGACGCGCGCUACAACAUGGAGGUGGAGAAGUACAACGUGAUCAUCUUGAGGCUACAGGAGGAACUGACUCAGAUCCGUAGCAACAUCCAGCUGAACACGACCGAGUAUGAAAUCCUGCUGGACAUCAAGGUGAAGCUGCAGGCCGAGAUCGCCGAGUACCGGAGGCUGCUGGAAGGCGAGAUAAUUGUGGAGGAACCCGCUACGAAGACGGUCCAGACCAAGGUGGUGACCAUCACGCAGACUCUGGUGGACGGCAAGCUGGUGUCCGAGAGCAAAGACGUCCAGGCCAGCGAAAAAGUCGAGCCGAUGUAAAAACAAGCUUUACAACAAAAAUAAAGAGAACACAAGUCCCAGAUCAGA